CAAAAAACAUAGCAAGAUAUGAGAAGCGUUGCUCCUUUAAACUUUUAUCUUGGAAGGAUUACACAAAAUCAAAAGCCAUCCGCAGUAAGAGAGGUUUAAAAACCGGAACCUACAAAAACACUUCGACCUAAUUCUGAUGUGACCAUAUCCGAUUGUUUCCCUCUCUCAGGCUUUGACGAGCAGCCACGGAUUUGCUCGAAUUCACGCGAACGCUUUAGUGAAGAUGAAGAAAUGGAUUUUAUUAAACUGCUCGGGAUUGUUUUCGCUGUUUUCUGUCAACCAGGAUUCACCCAAUUUGAACUCAAUGGCCAGAGGAUCUGUCGACGUGGCACAGAGCGACCCUGCUACAGGAUCAACUACUUCCAGGACCCACGGCGGAGGGUGACCUUCAAUGAUGCCAGCCAGGCCUGCAGAACAGAUGGGGGGGAGAUCCUCAGUAUCGAGACUGACAAUGAGCAGCACCUGGUAGAGAGGUUCAUACAGCAGUUGCAGGCCACUGAUGGGGACUUCUGGAUCGGGCUGCACAGAAGCCCACGCCACCGGGUGACUACCAUAGGCUGCCCUUCGCAGUACUACUGGCUGGAUGGCAGCAAGGCCAGAUUCAGAAACUGGCAUUGGGACGAGCCAUCGUGUGGAAACGAGAUGUGUGUGGUGCUGUACCACCAGCCCUCUGCCCCCCCUGACGAAGGCGGGCGCUUCAUGUUCCAGUGGAACGAUGAAAACUGCAACACCAAGAACAAUUUCGUCUGCAAGUACUCUGAAGAAAAGUUGCCAGUGUUUACUGUGGCGUGGAAUUCAAUAUACACAGUUGCCCCAAUUAUAUCUCUAAUGCCAAACUUCCCGUCAGCUACAGUGAGUGAUGAGAAAACAAAAAUAGGAAUGUCUGAAUCAUCAGUAACUCUUUCGGAUAAUGCCUUAUAUGUCUCCUACAUUCUAUUUGCCACUAUCCCCAUUCUACUGCUGCUGCUUGUGGCUACAGGAGUCUUCUGCUAUAAACGGGCAGCCAAAAGGAGAAAGUCUCAAACAGACAGCUACCCUAAGCAAGAGCAAUGGGGUACAAUGUCCACAGCGGCCUGCAACAUCCAAGGACCCUAUGCCUACCAGGACAUCACUAAGCUUCAACCAGCCGAUCUGGAGAGCAUGGCACCUGAAUCAAUCAAGAAGAUGUCCUUCUGUGACUCCUCUCUUCAUACCCAGUGUGAUGAUUACGAGAAUGUUUCAAACAAGGAGACAGUGACAGAGAGUGGCUUUGUGACCAAUGGCAUCUAUGAGGCCUGCCAAGACCAGGGUCGGCACUAUCUCAACGAGACUGGAUGGGUGGAGAAUGAGAUCUAUGAAUAAUGUUGCUGUCCUGCAGUGCCUCUCUCUUUACCACAUGUCCAUUGAGCAAUCUGGGCAUCUGACUGUUGGUGUCUCCAUUAAGCUUUCAUAUAUCCUGCUGGUGGGUUGUAUGGCAUCAUGUGACGCGAGACAGGACGGACAGAUCCUGUGUGGUAUUAUAAAGUGUUUGCUUUAGGGUAUGCCCAUUGACCAUACAAAGAAGACCGAUUUGAGGCUUCCUGUGUGGAGGCUGAUGUCAGUGAAAAGGACAAUAUCUUCGGAAACUCAGAUGACAGAAGUCUGACCCCACGAUACCGCUGAGCGGUUAUCUCUGCGAGAGAUGAUCCUCCCAAUGACGUUGACCAAAGCCUCCACUGUUAUGACACCAGUUUGAGCUGGUUGGAUACAGUCUUUAAUGUGCCUUUUCAUGGCUACACCAAAGUCCAGGUUGAAUAACAGUGUGUAGCAUUCGUUUAUUUGCCUAUUCCUGUGUCUUCGUCUUAUAAACUUGUAUUUAUCACAAUGUUGUAAAGAAAAUAAAGAAAAUAUAUGUUUUGCGUACAUUGUAUAUUCAAGUUGGGCUGACUAGAGUGUUGUGAAAAAGUAGUCUAACUAGCUAAAGCUGAGUGUUCUUGAAGGAUGUCUGACAGGAAAUUCCGAAAGCACAUCUGGAACUCGCACAUCCAGGAAAUCUAGCAGUGACAGCAGAGGCUUUUGGGGUGCUGCUCUCAACAGUUUUCCAUGUAAGGCUGUCACGAUAGGUUAAUUAACAAAACAUGCACUUGCUGGACAUGUAGGCCUAUCAAAUAUCACACACACUGCUCUGGCUACAAAUAAAGCCUAUGGAUGACCA